CACCAUCUAUAAACAAGAAAGAUAGAAAACAUAAAGAUAAAAAUAUUAAGAAUAUUUCAAAAAACGUUAAAGAUACUAGUCAAAGUAUUCUUAAUACAUCUUUGUCUAGCACAAAUUCCACACCCAAGUUAUCCUUAGAUGUGUACUCCCCUAUGCUUAUACAUGUUCCUUUGAAUCCUGAUUUGGCAUUUAUUUCUAACGAAUUAUACGAAAAUUAUUUGGCUGGUACAAAUUUAAAUGCCAAUAACGCCUUUAAUAACCAAACAACCUUUAAAUUCAUUUCAUGA